AUGUCAGGAAAAAUUUCUGGAUUAAUUGUACGCAUUCGAAAUAUUAUACCAUCAGUUACUUGGCAUCAUUGCUGUAUUCAUCGUGAAGCUAUUGUCUCUAAGAAACUACCAACAAAAUUAAAAGAAGUUUUAGAUAAAGCUGUACAAAUUUUGAAUUUUAUAAAAGCCAAAUCAUUAAAUUCAAGACUUUUUGAACAAUUUUGCAAGGACAUGGAUAGUGAACAUUAUCAACUUCUAUUACAUUCUGAAAUUCGUUGGUUAUCUCGGGGUAAAGUGCUCUCUCGUUUGUUUGAGUUAAGACAUGAGAUUAGAUUAUUUUUCAUCGAACAUAAAUUAUCAUUUACGUUAAGUGAACGUUUAAAUGAUUUUUCUUGA